AUUCUAUCUCCACCAACGAAGAAGCUAAAAAAAAAAGAAAAACAAUAACAACCCGUGUUUCUUUCCUGCACGUUUCCCUCACACGUUUUAAAUGAUAAAGCAUCGCAGCACAGGUUGGUAACACGAUGCCGGUCCUCUGCGCUGCCAUAGGCUGCAACAACAAGUUUGUGAAAGGGUCGGAAAUCAGGUUUUACAGGUUCCCACUCAGCAAACCCCUACUCGCCAGCAAAUGGGUCCACAGUCUGGGGAUGAAAAACUUCAUCCCGACCGCCAACACCUGCCUCUGCUCGGAGCAUUUCAGGGCCGACUGCUUCAGGGACUACAACGGCAAACAGUUUCUGAGGGAGGACGCGGUGCCCACCAUCUUCGCCCAGGGGCAGGAUUCAUCAAAGAUUGAACUUCGUAAAAGAGGGGUGAUACCAAAGGAGGCUCCGGUGGUGAAUCCGAUAGGAACACAGGCAGACAGAGACCGAGCGAGAGAGGCCGUCAGUGUACGCAGAGAAAAAAGAGGAGGAAUGAGGGGUGGACGAGGAGGCCGCGGAGGAAAACAACUCGGUGACAGACAGACCGUCGGGGCCAAGAGCAAAGUGUACGACAACAAAGGCCGGCUGCUCUCCAACACCAAGGACAUGUGUGACUGCCUGGACGUGGACUGCAUGGGCUGCUUCUACCCGUGCCCCGACUGCGGCUCACGCAAGUGCGGAGUCGAGUGCCGCUGCGACAGGAAGUGGCUCUACGAGCAGGUGGAGGUGGAGGGCGGAGAGAUCAUCCGGAACAAGUUUGCUAUCUAGUGAACGUGGGACCUUUUUUCAAAACUGUGAUUUUAAAGAAUCUUCCACAAUGAUCACUGAUACGUCUGAGGAUUUACAAAGAUACUGCCUGUGGUAGAAAACUAUGAAUAACAAUGUAAGUAUUCUGCUGAAUGUUGGAUGUGUUCUUAUAAAUGUUUUGGUUUCCUUUUAAAGUUUCUUAUGUACCAAACUAUUCUCUUAAUGUUUACACUGUAGCGUCUGCAGAGGAAGCCAGAACACACCCGACUCUCUCAAGUGAAAUCCCAAAUUUCAUCUUUCAUUGAGGGUGUUUACAUGCACAUGGUGGUUUAUAAUCAUAUUUAGGAUAUGGUGUUUCCAUGGUCAAACAUAUAAACAGGCUACUCCAAUAACCCGAUCAUAAACGGGUUGUUCUUGUCCAUGUAAACACGCUCACUUUGUUGCUGAAUUUUGUAUUAUUUUAAUGUUUUCUUUUUCUACUUGAAUUAUCUACAGAGGAGUAAAAAAUAUUUUGUAAUACUUCUGAAAUACAAAACUGAAAUUAGGACCCAAAGACUUUGAAGAGUUGAGGAGAGAUUUGGUUUAAUCAUGUGACAUUUCUGAAUAAAGAAAAAAGAGGUUUAUGUACAUGCAUCAUUUUGUUAAAAAAAAUAACUGGUUGGACCAAAAACAUUCAAGAAAACCAGUCAUGUUUUAGUUUUUUGCAUAUUCAAUAAAAUGGAAAAAUGUAUCAAAUCCUUGAUGUUUUAUAG